AUGCAUAGUCCUUUCGUUAGAAGUUCGGGAGCAACUUCUCGAAGAACAGAUUUGCUAAGGAAGUGCACCUUGCAGCAAUCUGACUACAGAGAGUACUCCAAGGAGAACACCCCACAAAGAGGAGUCUGUGUCCAAGUCUCUAAAGAGAGGACUCAAAGGAGAACAUCCUACAGACAGGACACAGUGGAGAACUGCUUACAGACAGGAGUCGGUGGCAGGCAGCCUACAGACAGGACACCGCGGAGAGCUGCAUACAGACAGGAGUCGGUGGCGGGCAGCCUACAGACAGGACACCGCGGAGAGCUGCAUACAGACAGGAGUCGGUGGCGGGCAGCCUACAGACAGGACAACGUGGAGAGCUGCAUACAGACAGGAGUCGGUGGCAGGCAGCCUACAGACAGGACACCGUGGAGAGCUGCAUACAGACAGGAGUCGGUGGCAGGCAGCCUACAGACAGGACAACGUGGAGAGCUGCAUACAGACAGGAGUCGGUGGCAGGCAGCCUACAGACAGGACACCGUGGAGAGCAACCUACAGAGAGAAGUCCGUGGUGAGCUUGUUACGGAGAGGACUCCGCGGAAACAACCUCACGGCAGAAAGGCAGCGACGCUCAUAUCAGAGAUCAACACAGACAGUGCGGAACCCACCAUCCGCAGUGAUGUCCUGAAGAGACUGGUGCUGGAACAGCUGCGGCCCAUGGUCAGACCCCUCCUGGACCCACUUCAGUUCGCCUACCAGCCCCGGCUGGGAGUUGAGGACGUCAUCAUCUUCCUGCUGAACCGCAUCUACACUCACCUGGACAAGCAAGAAUGGUGAAAAUCAUGUUUUUAGACUUCUCCAGUGCUUUCAACACCAUCCGGCCAGCCCUGCUGGGUGAGAUGCUGGCAGCGAUGCAGGUGGGUGCCCCCCUCGUGUCCUGGAUUGUUGACUACCUGACUGGCAGACCACAGCAUGUGUGUCUGCGGCACUGUGUGUCGGACAGCGUGGUCAGCAACACUGGGGCCCCUCAGGGGACUGUCCUCUCUCCCUUCAUCUUCACCAUCUACACCACGGACUUCAGCUACCACACAGAGUCCUGCCACCUUCAGAAGUUUUCUGAUGACUCUGCUGUGGUGGAAUGUAUCAGCGGUGGUGAUGAGACUGAGUACAGGGGUGUGGUGGGGAACUUUGUCUCAUGUUGUGAGCAGAACUAUCUGUAGCUCAAUGCGACAAAGUCUAAGGAGCUGGUUGUAGACCUACGAAGGGCCAAGGCACCAGUGACCCCGGUUUCCAUCCAGGGGGCCAGUGUGGAUAUCAAGCUCUUUACAGGAAGGGCCAGAGUCGCCUCUAUUUCCUGAGGAGGAUGAGGUCCUUCAACAUCUGCCGGACAAUGCUGAAGAUGUUUUAUGAGUCUGUGGUGGCCAGUGCUAUCCUGUAUGCUGUUGCAUGCUGGGGCAGCAGGUUGAGGGUAGCGGACUCCAACAGGCUCAACAAACUGAUCCAUAAGGCCAGUGACAUUGUGGGGAUGGAGCUGGACUCUCUGUCGGUGGUGUCAGAGAGGAGAGGAGGAUGCUGGCCAAACUACAUGCCAUCUUGGACAGUGUCUCCCACCCACUCCAUGACGUGCUGGUCAAACAAAGGAGCGCCUUCAGCAAAAGACUCACCCCCCCAAAAUGCACCACAGAACGCCACAGGAAGUCAUUCCUGCCUGUGGCCAUCAAACUCUUUAACUCCUCCCUCUAAGUGUCGGGGAAACUAGCAUUGAUAUUACUCAACUGGACAUUGGAUCAUUAACAUUACUGCAAUACCUGAAAUAUUGUGCAAUAUUCUCAAUAUUCUCUUACUCCUGUGCAAUAUACUCUGUUCUCAGUUGAAUUAUUCCAUGUUUUUUUAUAUUUAUUAAACUAUAUUACUUCCUAAUAAGCUGGUUCAAUCUGCUACACUCAACUUGACAGUGCACAUGAUUGCACUACUAUUACUAAUAUUAUUACAUUGUACUGUACACUUACUUAGCUUUAUA